UUGCUAAUUUCGCUUGUAAUCAGGAGAGACGUAACCUCGAAGUUUGUCCGAAGAUCAGGACAUUUAACUUCGUAAAUAACGAACUUAAAAGGCGUGUAUAAUAAACAGGACGAUUUAAUAAAGAUUGAAAAUGCCGGAUCAUUUAGGAGAAGAUAUGCGAAAGGUAAAGAACGAAGAGGAAAAGGAAGAAAAGGAGAUAAAAUCACUGGAUGAAGGCGACAUCGCUUUGCUGAAGACUUACGGCCAAGGGCAAUAUACGAAGAGCAUUAAAACUGUUGAGGAGGAUAUCCAAACGAUUAUUAAGCGUGUGAACGAGUUAACUGGCAUUAAAGAGUCUGAUACUGGCCUGGCACCACCGGCAUUAUGGGACUUGGCGGCCGACAAACAGACUCUGCAAAACGAACAACCUCUGCAAGUAGCACGCUGCACCAAAAUUAUAAACGCGGACUCCGAUGAUCCUAAGUACAUAAUAAACGUGAAGCAGUUUGCGAAGUUUGUAGUUGACCUGGCAGAUUCCGUAGCGCCAACAGACAUAGAGGAAGGUAUGAGGGUAGGAGUGGAUCGUAACAAAUAUCAAAUUCAUAUUCCACUGCCAUCCAAAAUUGAUCCUACUGUAACAAUGAUGCAAGUGGAAGAGAAGCCUGAUGUUACUUACAGUGAUGUAGGUGGCUGCAAGGAGCAAAUCGAGAAAUUGAGAGAAGUUGUCGAGACGCCACUGUUACAUCCGGAGAAGUUUGUCAAUCUGGGUAUUGAGCCACCAAAAGGUGUUUUGUUAUUUGGACCUCCAGGUACAGGAAAGACUUUGUGUGCCAGAGCAGUAGCAAACAGGACAGACGCCUGUUUCAUUCGUGUAAUUGGUUCAGAAUUAGUCCAGAAGUAUGUUGGAGAGGGCGCUAGAAUGGUAAGAGAAUUAUUCGAGAUGGCGCGAAGUAAAAAAGCUUGUUUAAUCUUUUUCGACGAAAUUGACGCUAUUGGUGGUGCCCGUUUUGACGACGGCGCCGGCGGCGAUAAUGAAGUACAGCGUACCAUGCUGGAAUUAAUAAAUCAACUAGACGGAUUCGACCCGCGAGGUAAUAUAAAGGUUCUAAUGGCGACAAAUAGACCAGAUACGUUAGAUCCUGCGCUGAUGCGACCUGGUCGUCUGGACAGAAAAAUAGAAUUUGGGUUGCCGGAUCUCGAGGGACGCACGCAUAUUUUUAAAAUUCACGCGCGGUCGAUGAGUGUCGAGAGGGACAUCAGAUUUGAGUUGCUUGCUCGUCUGUGUCCUAACAGCACAGGUGCUGAAAUACGAUCUGUUUGCACUGAAGCGGGCAUGUUCGCGAUCCGUGCGCGGCGCAAGGUUGCCACGGAAAAAGACUUCCUCGAAGCGGUUAAUAAGGUUAUCAAGUCGUAUGCCAAGUUCUCAGCAACGCCAAAAUACAUGACUUACAAUUAGAACGCAUCUGCAUUUAAUUUUUGUGUUCGAUGAGUUAUCAGCACGAUACAUUAAUCUUAUAAUUAUUUUUAUUACCGUAUCUAUUGAAUCGAUCACAAGAUACAAUUUUGUCCUCAAGUAGAAUAUAUAAUAAACGUUGUUUUCUCAA